CACGUCUCUCCAGUGAAGAGGAUGGAUGAAGGAGCGGACAGUGCGGACGGACGCGCAGCCUUUCACCCAGCGGACUUUCAUUGUUGACAUUAUGUUAAAGAGUGUGUCUGGCAGACGACACGGAGGAGCAACCGAGGCGACACUCACACAUCACCAGUGACUGGCUGGUUUUGAUGACCGAUGGCCUCCUUCACCUGAUGGUGCCUUUAAAUGCUCAUGAAGAAAUGUAAAUGAGCUUGAGUUAGCACAGAACUUGACCUACUCUAUAAAGGAUAGAAGUCAUUAGAGGCUGAUCUUAUGAGGACGCUGUUUUUCCCACAGCUGUGUGCUGUGCUAGUCCAGCUGUGAGGUGAGGGUGCCCUGAGGAAGAGCGAUGGGCUGCGGGGGGAGCAGGACUGAUGCUCUGGAGCCUCGAUACCUGGAGAGCUGGACCAAGGAGACGGAGUCCACAUGGCUGACCAGCACCGACACUGAUAUCCCCCUGUCGUCCAUCCAAAGCAUCCCCUCAGACAACUCUGAGGCCGGCUUCGCUUCUGAGAAAACAAUCAGCCCUGUUCCAGAUUUCUUUGAAGACGGCCUCCCUCUUCCUGCUCAGGCCUACCUAAAGGUCUGUUCAGCCGUGUCUGAAGUCAGUCUGAAUGACGUGAAACCCAGCAGCCCUCCUGCAAUACUGGACUCUCCAUCCAAGGAGGCGGUGUCGCCGUCAUCCGGCACCACAGUGCAGCGCAGGAGUGUCCUACACACUGAAGAGAUUACAAAAUGGCAGGACAAUCGUAUGUCGACAAAGCAGGUGACCAUCACAGUGACACAGAGUAUCCAUCAGGUGGACAAGAACGGGAAGGUGAAGAAGUCCCUCACCACCUACGAGGUUAUGAAACCUGUGGAGAGCCUCAAACAGGUGGCCACACAAAACACUUGA